GUUUUGUUUUGGCCUUUAUGAGAUGAGAUUCCAAUUCCAAUGUUGACUAUUAAGCUCAUGCACGCCGUUAGUUCAACUAUUUUGGAAGUUUGUGAAUUAAACAAGUGGAUGAUAACAUUAGGAAAAUCUCUCUGGGAUUUGCGAGGGAUAAGUGGAUGAUGUUGUAGCUAUUAACUGCUUUCCUUCACACACAAAAUGGUGCAGAGGCUGUGUGUCAUGGCUUCUCAUAGCUACCCUCCAGGCCUUGUCUUACAACAAGAACUUCCCUUCUCCACUACUCAUAUCAAGGGCUGUCAAACAUUCUUGCCUUCUUCUGUAACAAAACAAGACAUGCUCAGUUAUCAGUGUCCUUUUCUUAAGCCAAGUCUAUCUGUGGAGUCAGUGAAAACUCAAAAUAAAUGGUUUGAUGACAAUCAGUUUGUCAAUGUUGAUUCCUCACCUCAAAGCCCUGUGUUAAUUGAUGCACAAGCAUCCUGCACAAAUGCAGUACUAUUAGGUUUUGGCAUUGUUGAACAAUGCACUAAGCAUGACACAAUUUCUGAUCUCCUAAAGUCUGGAACGGCAGAAGCGGGGUUAGACGGCGCAAAUAUAUCCUUGUUGAUGUUAGAUUUGAUGAAAUUGCAAUCGUCAGCCAUUGAUGAACCUCAACAACAAUUGUCAUGUGACUCAACUCUUUUAUACCCUAAUGAUAAAUUUGACAUCAAGAAGCCUUUGCUUUAUUUUCUUCAAGAUUCAGCUCUUACUUCAAAGAUUACAGUUCAUUUAGAUGGUCAAAUCACAUUCAUGGGUACUGAGAUUCAAAUGAAAGAUCUUCUUUCUGUAGUUGCUAAGUCAUACUUGUCAAAGAGCUUACAUAUGGGUGAAAAGCACUCAAUGCUUGUUCCACAAUUCAGAAGGGUGAAUAUCAAUGAAGCAGAAGGACAGAGACAUUCCUCAAUAAUGAAAAUGAAAUCUACCUUAACUGCUCCUUUAAGGAGUCCCGAGAAAGUCAAACUCAAACCAUCGCGAAAGAAAAACAAGAAAAUAAACAAAGAAAGAGAUCUUUACAAGAACCAUUCACAUGCAUGUGAGAGCCUUCUGUCAUUGAUGGUUGACAAGAAACGACGUUGGAAAACAGCAAUUCCAUCGCUGAAGAAAUCCGGCCCUGAGCUUCCCGAGCUCCUUACACAAAUUUCUGCUGGCAUUGCUGGAACCGGGCUCGCGGUCCUACUAUCUGUAAUAUGUAAGCUAGCUUGUGGAAGGGUUCUUCUUUCUGCAUCAAGCUUGUUCAACGCUGGGUUAGGAUUUGGGUUGGUUUGGCUUUCUUGGGCAGUAAGUAAGCUAAAGGCCACGAUUGUCUUUAUCAGCAAGAAUGCAGGAAAAAUGAAUUUGAAAGAAGAAGAAAUGAUUCAGAAACUCGAUAAGAGCAUUAGAGAUAUUUACUUCGGUUCUGCAGCAGUGUUAGCAGUGGCAGUGCUAAGUCUUGGUUGAGUAACAUCUUCAUAUAUGUAGUUUUUUGAACCAGAAAUGCUGUAUUGUUAACUUGGUAAUGCUUAGUUAUGUGGAUGUCUACGGUGAUGGCUAAACAGUUCCACUAAGAAAUAUUUUAAGGCAUAGAUCAACAAAUGUAUGUUUUAGUUAUUGUCACAGUUUUAAUUAAGGCAGGAAGCAUUGCUUGGUAUUGUAGUUUGUAAUAUAUAAUUUUGCUAUGGAAUCAAGCAAGUGAUUUUCUUUUAGUA